AUGGAAGAGGAAUGCAAGCAUCACAGUGCCCUCACCUUCCAGGAGCUCGUCCUAUUCAUAUUCCAACAGGAAUUCGACACGCAGCUGCAAAGGGCCCUCAAUUACGAAGAUUAUGAUCAAGCAAAUGAUAUCAGGCAACGCAGGCAGACCGUUGAUGAGGCAAUCGAAAAACUUCAGGUUUUCCCAUCACAAGACGUCCAACUUAGAGUGCAGCUGCAGCGUGCUAUUGAAGAACAGCGGUAUGACGAUGCUGCCGCUCUCAGGGAUACAAUAGGCGCUUUGCAGCAAAAAAUGCGGGAUGCAGCCUUACAGAGAAGCAAUUCUAUGCAGGCACAGCAGCCUCGGCGUCUCAAGCUUGGGCAACGUGUAGAGCAUGCCACAAGCGGCUAUCGAGCUGUGGUGUAUGGAUGGGAUGAUGGGUGCUGUGAGGAUGAUGACUGGAAGGCGGCUGCAGAUUUUAACAAUCUGCAGUUUGGGGACCUUCAACCCUUCUAUCACUUGCUUGUGGAUGUCAGAGAUUGGCCACUCAACAGUUCCACACCGCCAGUUGCUUAUGUUCCCCAGGAGAGACUGCUGGCGCCGCAGUGGCCAAGCACCUGGGAGUCUGAGAAGGGAGCGGAUUUGUUUGACCACCCCAUGAAGACAGUCUUGUUUCUUGGCGAAGAUGACAAUGGUGACCUCAUUCCCACACGAGCGCUGCGUGACAAGCACGGCCAGGCGCGGCAGGACAUAUUCCCGCCAGAUGAGAACUUAAAUCCUUGAAGCCAGCUGUACGUAAAUGUGUAAAGCUAUAGCUCAAGCUAG